AUGGGAUUGCAAUUCUUUGAUUGGGACUACCCUGGUGCUCAAUAUUGGGAGGCACAAGGUCUUCGCGCGGGAUGGCUCACGAUAGCUCAAUUUCCACUCCUUCUUCUCCUUGCUGGGAAGCGGAACCUGAUCGGAUACGUAGUCGGCGUGUCUUACGAACGGCUGCAAAUUCUGCACCGUUGGGUGGCGAGGGUCAUGCUGCUGACUGCUACAAUCCAUGGUGGUGUUCAAGCCUAUGGAUGGCAUAAAUACGGCGUGAUGCAAAUUGAGAUUGACACUGAUAGUUGUAUUCCUACGGUUGGGGACUAA